AUGCCGCAGCAAUUGCAUGAAGUGACCGAAGCCGACAUUCAAGCAUCCUUAACAAGAAGCUACGAUGACACCGAGCAAGACUUGGUGCUUCCUUCAAUUGAGGAUGUCUUUGAGCCAUAUGUCAAGAGCGAGUCUGGAGAAGACAUCAAUGCAGUUGUGUCAUCAACAAUCGGUACCUCCGCUUCAAGUACGACUAAGGAGCGUUCUUCCUCGUUCGACUCUCAGGCUACACUUCCACUGUCGACACCUUGCCCAUCGGACGAAGACAGGAACCUUCCUGCUAUACUUCGCAGUUCUGAAAGGGCGAGCCAUCACUUCAACGUCUGUGAUACCGCACCCACGCCACAGGUACGAAGGACUCUGGACUUCGGUAUGCCAGCCCUUCGCCUUACCAAUGGCAUUGUACAACAAGCCUCUGAGCCCAGCGACUUCACUUCGCUGGCAGCACUUCGAAGGCUGGAACGAGAUCCUCCUCAUCACUGGCAUGAAGACGAACGAGAGCUACUGACCAUCCUUUAUCGAUGGUACGAGGACACAAACGUGGCAACCCUUCCGAAGGUCUUCAAUGCUGUCACCGGCCUCAACCUCAGGCUCAAUGUCAUUCGCUAUCAAUUCGAAAGCCACCUUAUUCUGUAUGGCGGUCGCGCAUACCCCGAGUUCGAUCGAGUAAUGAGAGUCCCAUUCCACGACCCAGAACACAAGUACGACGAGAUACACGCGAUCAUCGAAGAUACCGCUUUGGAGUCUGGCAUUGACUUAUCACGGCGCAUACACGAGGUGAGAAUCGAGUCUGGCUUGGCGAGAACUGCAAAGUCUCCCAAGACGAGGAAGCAUUAUAAAUCCCUAGUCAGACGUGCGCUAAAGAGGGAAAAGGAGAGAGAACGCGCCCUUCAGAUGCCGGCUCCGGAAGCACUACCAUUGCAGGUCCUACAGCUCGGCGGGAUGACACUGGCUGAGCAAGACGAUGAGGAAACAUGGUCAGACGUUGAUGGCUAUCAUACACCACCCAUCACACCUACGCAGUCAACCUUACGGGCUCCCCCUGGCAGGAAUAUGAUUGGAUUUCGCGUUUGGGAUGCAAACAGCCGGACGAUGUUCGACGACGAGACGGGCUUCGUAAGUCAAGCCUUCUCGAUUUGGAGGGGCGAGUUUCCGCCGCCUUUCUCCCCAGACGGACAAGGUCAACAAGCUCUCAUGCUUUUGACGAACCUCCAUCUGUCCAUGAGUGGCGGCGCAUCGGCUUUUGUCUCAGUGUCGACGAGUCUCUUGCAAGCUCUCGUCAAAGCUUCUACGAUGCAUGAGCCCAGGAUCGCCGUCAAACGAAUGGUUUGGGCUUCCGUCCCAGCUGCAGCGGUACUCUCACACUUCCCCCUUUCCGACCUCACUGUUUUGUCACGCCACAACCAAGCUUGCGAUGAUAUCCUCAACUUGCGGGAUAUACAAUCCGGCCGAAAGACACAGUACGUCUCCUCGCUCUUGCGCGACAGGAACACAAUCAUCAACAUCCGCACCGCACGAGCUAUGGCUGUGGUCUGCCGGGCUUUCAAGAUGCACCGCGUCGGCGUCAGCCUUGCACACAUUCAAGGACUAGUCUCAUCGUUGGUGGAUUCGUUCCAGUUGAAGCAGGGGACAAGCGAUACACCUCGCAUGUCUAUGAUGAUGGCCAAAGCGUUUGCCGUGUCUCUCGUGUCGCAAGCUCAUCUGGACCCUGAUGUUGAGACCGCUUUCCAGGAAGGCGUUCAGCAAGGCACCGUCAGUAAUAUCCGUGUACAGACUGUUGUGAGACGUUUACUGACUUCACACAUUGAUCUACAGGCUACUAUCGAGUUCUACACCCGACGUCGACCCGUGGUCCCUCGACGACGGAGCGGCUAA